AUGGACCAACUCAAGACCAAUGAAACUUUAAAACUAUUCUAUAGCCAUGGUAGAAAAAUCCUCCCUCAUCACACUGACGACAAUCUCCGUUACCUCGAUGACCUCAAACGUGUUCUUGCCGCCGAUGCCUUCAUUUCCUUUGCAGUUUCAUGUGGCUACUCUGUAGAUUUGAGGUGUCAAUUGCCAGACAAAGGUGUUCAGAACACCAACGUCGGUGGUGAUUGCGAGAAGAAAUAA